AUGCAUCCAAAUUCUGGGGACACGUCAGUGGAGACGAAAGGGGAGACCGACUCGCCAAAGAGCAGCCCAGCACCAUCAGGAGCCAUGAAAAAGAGAAGCUCGCGAUGGAUAUUUCUAAGGGACGACAUAAGGUGGCAGACCACCAUCGUACUCGCCAUCAUUCACGUGGUAGCUCUUUACGGGGUGCUCACCUUCCCCUACAUACAAAAGUUCAAAACGAUACUCUGGGCGUACUUUGUCGCCAUGUACACGAUGUUCGGCAUCAACGGAGGAGUUCACCGCUACUGGUGCCACAAGUCCUACAAGGCAAAAAUAUCCUUAAGAAUCGUCCUAGCAUUCUGCUACCUCUCCGCGGCUCAGGUGUCGUUCAAAAAGUGGGUGCUGCACCACCGCUUGCACCACCGCUACAUGGACACGGAGGCCGACCCGCACAACGCCAAGCGCGGCUUUUUCUUCUCGCACAUCGGCUGGCUGAUGGUCGACAAGACUCCCGAGGCCAGCAAGAAGCAGAGGGAGAUCGAUCUCAGCGACAUGCAAGCCGAUCCCGUCAUCCGAUUCGCCGACAAGCACUUCUUCGUACUGUGCGUCCUCGUCCAGGUGUUUUCCGUGUUGAUACCGGUUUACUGUUGGGGCGAGGACUGGUACCACGGGCUCCUGUCGCAGACGAUCCGCUACGCGUACACGCUCAACGCCAUGUUCUCCAUAAACAGCGUCGCGCACACUUACGGCUACAGGCCCUACGACAAGAGUAUCGCCCCGGUGGAAAAUCGGUGGGCCUCUUACGUGUCGUUUGGCGAGGGCUGGCACAACUACCAUCACGUUUUCCCGUGGGACUACCGGACCCCGGAGAUCGGCGGUCCGCGUUUCGACGUCGUCGGUAAUCUGAUAACGAUGUUCAGCUGGAUCGGCUGGGCGUACGAUCUCAAGAAGCCCUCGGACGAUUUGGUCAGGAUGACCAUGCGGAAAAAAGGCGACGGCACCUUCCUCGACAAAGACGUGGCUCGAGGCUGA